AUGAAUUUACAUGCUUCAUAUGAUGAUAAAGAUACGGUUAUUCAUCGACUUCGAACACAUAUAAGUAUUCUUGAACAACAGCAAAAUUCGAAUGGUUAUUUUUCUUAUGAAGAAACUCCAUCAGUUGAACAAUAUUCUAUCGAUAGUAGUAAUACAAGAGAAGAUGCUGCUGCACUUGAAAAACUUUUACAAAAACGUGAAUACGAAUUAGAGCAAUUACGGGAACAAUUAAAUGAAUAUCAACAAGAAUCGAAUGAGAAACUUCACCGAACAAUAGAAGAAUCGAAUGAUAUGGAAAAAAAAUUAUACAUUGUUGAAUGUGAACGUAAUAAACUUCGUCAAGAAUUACAAUGUUUACAAGAUGAAAAUGAACUUAUAAAAUCUUAUAUGAAUCGUUUACCAUCAGAAAUUGACUAUGAACAAUUGAAACAAUCAUAUCGAAUACUUCAAGAUCAAUUAAAACAAUCUGAUCAAACACUUGUGGAAUAUCGGAAAGAAAAAAUUCAAUUAAAAAAACAACUUAUUACAUAUCAGCGGAAUAUUGAUGAACAACAACAAACAAUUAAAUCUCAUGAAUCUUUAACGGAUAAAUCAAUGUUAAAUGCGAAAUGUUUAACAAUUGAUGAAAGAAUUGAAACAGAAAAAAAAUUUGAAGAAUAUAAUAAAAUAAUUCAACAAUUAAAUGAACAAUUAAAUCAAGAAAAAUUAAAUAAAAAACAUGAUCAACAUCUUAAUGAAAGUAAUAUGCGUACUGUUGAUUCAUUAUCAAAUGAUAUUGGAAAAAAACAACAAACUAUUAAAGAGAUGACUAAUCUUUUGCGACAGGUAUAAGUAGGCAUGCACCAAUUCCAAUUCCAACCAAUUCCAAUACCAAUUCUAGAAUUGGAAUUGGUUGGAAUUGGUAGAAUUGGAAUUGGAAUUGGUUGGAAUUGGUUAGGAUUGGAAUUGGAAUUGGUCAGAAUUGGUUGGAAUUGGAAUUGGAAUUGGUCGGAAUUGGUCAAGAAUUGGUUGGAAUUGGAAUUGAAUCGUCAAGAAAUAGCUGAUCUUCGAGUAUGUUUAACUAUUAGUGAACAAGAACAAACACGUUUAAAUGAACGUUUAUUAAGCAAUGAACAAUUAUCUAAAGCUUUACAACGUAUUCAUGUAACUGUUGAAAAAUUAUUUCUUGUACUUGAUUUUUCAUCUGAAAUGCUUAAUAAUGAAUCUACAUCAAGUCCUGAUGUACUUAUGCUUCAAUUAUCGACUCAUAAAAAUAAGUCAGAUUUUAUAAAUUCAUCUACAGAAAACAUUUCCAAAAUUGAUUUAUGUGAUGUAGAAAAAUUAGAAUCAAAAUUAGAUCAUAUUAUCGAUCGUCUUUUAUCAAUUCGUAGUGAAUUAAUAGCACGUCAAUUUGAGAAUGAUCUUCAAUCAAAUAUGUCAUGUCGUUUGCAACAAAAAAGAAAGAUUAUGAUAGUCAAUAAUAAUCAUUUAGGUGUAAAUACAUUUGUAGCUAGUAGUCACGGAAAUGAUCAAUGUGGUACAAAUGGUUUACCAUUAACACCAAAUUCUAUAGUUAUUAUUGGACGUUUUCAAUCUUUAAAAACGAUUGAACAUCCAAAUCUUUGUCGAUAUGUUGAUAUUCGAAAAGGCACACAUGAACGAUUAAUUGUUGUUAGUGAAUAUUAUGAAAGAAGUUUUGAAUGUUUAAUAAAUGAAAAAAAAUUAUUAAGUAUUGAACAAAUUCAACAAUGGUCACAUCAAAUACUUUAUGGAUUAAUAUAUUUACAAGACAAACAAUUAUAUAUGAGAAAUUUAUCUUUAAGAAAUAUUCGUUUAACACAAUCAGAUCAAAAUAUUAAAAUACAAAAUUAUGGUCUUUGGCAUAUGACACAAUAUGGUACAUGUGUUACCUUUCCUAUUGGUGACCCAUAUUAUUUAGCACCUGAAUGUUUUGCACUUGAUUUAUCAUUUAAAGCUAUAAUUGCUGCUAGUAGUAGUCCGCAUGAAGCUGAAAUUAGUGAUCCAGCUAAUGCAAAAAGUUGUAUUUGGUCAUUUGGUAUUAUACUUCUUGAACUAUGUUUAGGUCAAAGAUUAUAUGGAACACAGCCAGUUUCUGUACCAAUGUCAACAAGUGUUCGAUGUUUAAGAUUAAAUGUACGUAGUGCAUUAGAUAUUUUAUUACGACAAAAUGGACUUGAUCAAGAUGAACGUUUGAAAAGAAAUACAACACAAUUUUUUUUACCAAUUAUUAGAAAAUGUUUGAAUGUUCAAGUUCAAGAUAGACCAACUUUUGCAGAACUUUUGAAAGAACUCGAUGGAAAACCAUAUAUUCCACCUAUUCAACGUUCUCUUCAAUUAACAUUAUUCAAUGGUAUUACUCCUGUUCUUGAUCAUAAUUUAGAUUUAACGGAUUUUAAAAAUCUUGAUACUAGUCCAUUUCGUUGUCGAACAAUAGAUCAGAUUUAUUAUUUAUGGAAAUUAGCUGGUGGUGAUUUAACAGCUGUAUUAAAAAAUGCUGGCCUUAUUAAAAUAUCUUCAUCAAUUAGUAAAAUAUCAAAAUUUGUUUCUGAUCAUGGUGAUGUAUAUGGACUUCAAAGAGAUAUAAAUACUUUAUUUGAUGAUACAUCAUAUAAACUUUCAUUACAAGAACUUGAAAAUCGUUUUAAUGAUAUGCCUAUUGAAAUACUUCAUCCAUUACUUGAAGGAGGUGAUUGUGAAUUUGAGCAACGUCAAGAGGAAUUUGAUAAAAUGAUUGAACGACAACCAUUAGCUGUUCGUGAAAAUGAUUUUGAAUAUCAAUUUCAUCGUUUAACUUUAUUUGAACGUCUUCUCGCUGCAUAUCCAUAUCAAAAACAACGACUAUAUACCGAAGCGCGAAAAGAUAUUCCACCACUCUAUCGAUCAUUUCUUUGGGCGGCAAUACUUGAAAUAUCUAGUAAUGUCAAUGAUGUUUAUAAUCGUAUUAAUAAAGAUGAUAUUGCGCCAACAGUAAUACGUCAAAUAGAAGUUGAUAUACCACGUUGCCAUCAAUAUGAUGAACUUUUAUCAUCACCUCAAGGUCAUAAACGAAUGAAGAAUGUUUUAAAGGCUUGGAUAGCAAGUCAUACAAAUUUAGUUUAUUGGCAAGGUCUUGAUUCAUUGUGUGCACCAUUUGUUUAUUUAAAUUUUAAUAAUGAAGCACUUGCAUACGCUUCAUUAUCAGCAUUUAUUCCGAAAUAUUUAAAUAAUUUCUUUUUAAAAGAUAAUUCAUUGAUUAUUAAUGAAUAUUUGGCUGUUUUUUCACAUUUAAUUGCAUUUCAUCAUCCAGAUUUAUCAAAUCGAUUAGAGACAAUCGGAUUUAUUCCAGAUCUUUAUGCUAUUCCAUGGUUUUUAACUGUUUUUGCUCAUGUAUUUCCAUUAAAUAAAAUUUUCCAUCUAUGGGACAUGCUUUUACUUGGCGGUUCAUCAUUUCCACUUUGUAUUGGUGUAGCUAUAUUAACACAAUUGAAAGCUCUUUUAUUAAAAGCUGAUUUCAAUGAAUGUAUUCUACUAUUUUCGGAACUACCAGAAAUCGAUAUUGAACGUUGUGUUCGUGAUUCUAUUGAUAUAUUUGCAUCAACUCCACGUUCAUGUACAUAUCGAGAACAUGCAAGUGAUUUAACAAAUUAUCAAAUAAAUAAUGAUCUCGAUAUGAAUCCAUUUCCAUUAGCUGAUUUAAAAUUUGAACGUUGUCCACGUAUAUCAGCCAAUGAUGUUGUUGAAUUAAAUGAUCUUAAAGCACCAACAGCAAGUUUAAAAACAUCCAAACUUCUUCUUAUAGAUAUACGUACACCAGAUGAAUAUAUGAAAGCAGCAUUACCAGCAAGUGUUAAUAUACCAUAUGAAAAUGCAUUUGAUGAUCAAAAUCGUAUAACUGACAAUCGUUUACAACAUUUACUUGAUCAACAUCGUUCAUUAGUUAAAGUUGUUAUUGGAAAUAAAAAUUAUAAACAAAUUGUUGAUUUUACAAAUAAUUUAAUUAUAAAUAAUGCCACACGUGUAUGUUUAUUACAUAAAGGUAUUGAUGUUUUUAAGACAACUGGAAUGCUUUAUGUACCAACACCAUCAGAUUUACCAUAA